AUGGCCGGACACUACAAUGGCGGAAGGCCCGCGUCGCCCAUACAGAUUGCCACUCCCCCGAGGUUCAAUUCACAAUCACCUCGCACCUCGAAUCUCACGUCUGCGCUGCAGAACGCGGUUUUGUCAGGCCAGCAAUCAGACGCUAUAAAUAUUGGAGGCAAGAACCCCAGCGACGGUCGCAUGAGUAUAGGAGCGCGACAAAACUCCUUGAACAACGGCAUGGGUUCUUAUUUCGGUGGAUCCGGCGCCAGGCCGAUCUCGGUCAAGGAUAGGCAGCGGAGAGAAAGCCAGGCCGGGAGUCUCUCCAAUGGCAUGAGCUGGGGUGGAAUCUCGGUAGGGAGUUGGAUUCGAGACGACAUCAUGACCGGAACCUCUCCUUACGCCUUUCAACAAUCGCCCUCCUUCCACUCUUCAUCGUAUCUACCAAAACUAGAGGCCAAUUUCAUGAGAGACUUUGCGUGCUGUGGUCUGACCCUCGACUCGCUACACGACCUCCUACAGCACUACGAGACGGCCCACGCGGAGCCGAAUGCCCAAGUCAACAACCGCCCUUCGAUAUCCGGACAAGGCGGGUACUAUCAGAACGGAAGGAAUGGCAGUAUUGGGUUUCAUCAGUCAAGGUCGAGUAUGCAGCCAUCAAGUCAAUACCACGGCUUCGAGUCGAAUCAGAACAUUCAGAUGAACAACAUGCAGUCAUACCAGUCCAGUGGACUCGGGAACAGCACUUUCAGCCGGACGCCGUUGGCCACUGUACCUGAUGUCGACCCUCUAGACAGCAUGGACAUGGACGACGCUCCAUUUCAGCUCGACCAGCCGCAACAGACGACGAGCAACUCUCAGCCAUCGCCAUUCGGCCACAUGAACAACGGAAUGCCACCGCUCAAUGUGAAUGUUGCGAACACUAUGCAACAACAUCGCGGGCUAAAAAAGUCAAGUCCAACAACGCCAAAUGCCGGUCAUCAAGCGUUCGGACUUCAAAACAACCCCACUGUCUCCUCCGUGAACACACCUACCUUCGGCAAUCAAGCGCUGCAGAACGCACAAAGCCAAAUCUCUCCGUACACAUCACAACCCGGCACUCCCGGAGAACUCGACCCCGACUUCGCGCAGAACUACGCUGCCGGCAUGCCGCUCGGCCCGCCCAUGGCCACCGGCAACGACCUCGACUGGAGCAAGAUCAACGCGAUGGGCAAUGACGCCCCGAGCCAAUUCAUCGACGACCCGGCCAAACGUCUCUACAGCAAGCAAGGCGGUUACAACCAGCAGCAACUGCAAGCCCUACGCAUAGCGCAGAUGGGCGGCAACACGCAACAAACCACCGGCCUAAACGGCGCGGCGCUCGGCUUCCCAGCCGAAGAGGAGAAGCCAUUCAAAUGUCCCGUGCAUGGGUGCGAGAAGGCCUACAAGAACCAGAACGGGCUGAAGUACCACAAAGUCCACGGCCAUCGAAACCAGCAACUCCAAGCAAACGAGGACGGCUCGUACUCGAUUGUCGACCCGAUUACCUCGGUGCCGUAUCCGGGCACCGUCGGCAUGGAGAAGGAGAAACCGUACCGCUGCGAGGUGUGUGGGAAGCGGUACAAGAACCUUAACGGGCUUAAGUAUCAUCGCCAGCAUUCGCCGCCUUGCAAUCCGGAGCUUAGGAUCAAUCCGACUGGUGGGCCGGUCAUGCCUGUCAAUUUGGGCGGCAUGAAUGUUAAUGUUGCUGGCUCGGGCCUGCCCGGUAUGGGGUUAUGA